UUUCACGUUGUUGUGUGUCUUUGCUGCUGCUGCUAAAUGUUAACUGUUUUCAGCUUCAUGUUUAUCAGGUGUGUUUGGUGAUUCGGUGUCAGUGAUGGAGGGAGAUUCUGUCACUCUAAACACUGGUGUUACUAAAAUACCUGACGAUGAAGAUAUAAUGUGGAAAUUUGGAGCUAAAAAGCCUCUGAUAGCUGAAAUCAGUAAAGCUGCUGGAAUAUUUUCCACAUAUGAUGUUCCUGAUGGGAGAUUCAGAGACAGACUGAAGCUGAACAAACAGACUGGAUCUCUGACCAUCACAAACAUCACAACUGAACAUGCUGGACUUUACGAACUACUUAGAAAUGGAGCAAAGCGGUUAUUAAAAACAUUCCGUGUUUCAGUUUAUGCUAAUCUGUCCACACCUAACGUUACCAGAGACACUUUACAAUGUUCAUCUUCAUCAUCAUCAUCAUCAUCAUCAUCAUCACAGCAGAAUUGUUCAUUGUUGUGUUCAGUGGUGAAUGUGAGUCAUGUGACUCUCUCCUGGUACAAAGGAAACAGUUUAUUGUCCAGCAUCAGUGUGUCUGAUCUCAGCAUCAGUCUCUCUCUACCUCUGGAGGUGGAAUAUCAGGAUAAAAACACCUACAGCUGUGUGCUCAACAAUCCCAUCAGCAACCAGACCACACAUCUGGACAUCAGUCAACUUUGUUGGCCAUGUACUGAUCAGGGCCUACCUUUAUUUUACAUAGUGUUGGUCUCUGCUGCUGGAUCUCUGUUGAUUGUAGUUUCAGUCGUGAUGUGCUGCAUCUGGAAGAAAUGCAGAAAAACAGUUCAGACACGGGAGGAAGACAGAGCCGAUUCAGCGUUGUGUAAAUCAACAACGAAAUCAAAGACGGAUGCUGUAUAUGAAAAUGUCGCCAAAAAACGAUGAUAACUUUUACGUUCUUUUCACAAACCAUGUCAAAUCUUUUGUCCAUUGAAAACUGCUUAUGCCAUGGUGCGAAGAGACAUGUGAGC